UUUCACAAGUUUAACUUUCCAACGGCAAACAUUUAUUAUUGUUUCAUUUAAUUGUCUGUCAUUUUGAUUUGUUUUUAAAUUUAUUGAUUUAUUGAUUGAUUGAAUUGCUAUUGUAAUGUUUCAAGGUAACAAUAGGUGUUUAACCACACCGGUUAAAAUGACACCCGUAACACCAAGAAAGUGUAAUAAAGAUCCGGUUGAAGUUUAUUGUAGACUUCGACCUCUCAGGAAUACUAAUGAUCCAAUUUGUGUUAGAAAAUAUAAUGAGACUACAAUUAAAUUAACUCCAAUUGGAAUUGGUAAAUUGGGUUCUUUCUUUACAUUCAGAAGUGUAUUCCCUGAAUCUACCACCCAAACCGAACUGUUUGAAAAGGUUGGUUUUCCUUUGUUGAAAUCCUUGAUCCAUGGUAAAAAUGGUCUUCUCUUUACUUAUGGUACUACCUCAUCUGGUAAAACAUAUACUUUAACUGGAAAUCCCAAUGAAAGUGGUAUUCUACCUCGAACCCUUGAUAUAUUAUUCAACAGUCUUGAUGAUCAAUUGUGCCGGAAGUUUACUUUCAGUCCUGAUGGAGCAAAUGGUUUCAAAGUUCGAUCACCACCUGAUGCUUUAAUUGAAUGGCAAAAGUACAAGCAAGUAACUCGAACACCCUCUGCAACUCCAAUGAAAAGAAAAGAAAACGAUGAUCUAAAAGAAUGGCAAUCACGAAAUCGAGACACAACUAAAAUUGACUUGGAUUCUAAAGGAAAUGGUUUCGCUGUUUUUGUCUCAUAUGUUGAAAUUUACAACAAUUAUAUUUAUGAUCUUCUUGAUGAUGAAAUUUUUGCUGAUAGUCUUGAAAGAAGACAACCUCAGUCUAAAGUUUUAAGGGAAGAUAAAAGGAAAAAAGUUUUCGUUUGGAAUGCAAAAGAGAUUGAAGUCCAAUCUUCCGACGAAGCAUUUAACCUUUUUGUCAAGGGAGUUCGUCGCCGUAGGAUGGCCCAUACAGCUUUGAACACUGAAUCAAGUCGAAGUCAUUCAGUUUUCAACAUCAAACUUGUUCAAUCACCUUUAGAUUCUGAUGGUGAAGUUAUUCCUGAUAGUAAAUAUGUGACAAUUAGUCAACUUUCUUUGGUUGAUCUUGCUGGAAGUGAACGUACCACUCGAACUCAAAAUACCGGUGAACGAUUAAGAGAAGCCGGAAACAUAAACAAUUCUUUGAUGGCUCUUAGAACAUGUAUCGAGCUACUUAGAGAAAAUCAAAAAUAUGGAAUGAAUAAAAUGAUUCCUUAUCGAGACAAUAAACUAACUCAUCUAUUUAAAAGCUACUUCGAAGGUGAAGGAAAAAUCAAGAUGAUCAUUUGUGUGAAUCCUGGUGCUGCAGAUUUUGAUGAGACACUUCAUGUGAUGAAAUUUGCUGAAACAGCACAAGAAGUUAUGAUUAACCGAGCUGAAGAUAUACCCUUUCACCUUAAAAUGCCUCAUCCAUAUGCAUCUCCUAAAUUCAUUCCAUUCCCGAAAAGCGAUUCAUCUUCGGCUGUGACCACUAUUGGUCCAUCUUUACCUGCGUUCUCUAGUGUUGACUUUAAAGAUCGUAAACAAUUGACCGAUCUGAUUGAAAUAUUGGAAUUGAGAAAGAAAAAUUGUCUUCGACAUUUUGAAAACGUUCGUGCAAAACAAAUGUUAUUCCGUGAGAAUCUUAUCUCUGCUGAGAGUGAAAAUAUGCUAACCAAGCAACAAUUGAAAAUAAUUAGAAAUGAUUUAGAGGUUCGAGAAGAUCAAAUGAAAAAAUUGGAAUCCAAGUGUAGCUUAUUAGAAGGUGAACAAGAGGAAUACAUGAGAAAGAUUUACAGUUUAGAAAGACAUUUACGCGAAGUAGAAGAGAAACUUGACCAAAAGAAUCAAGCUCUUGAUCACGCUGAUAUUCGAUGUGAAUUAACUAAAGCUGCAACCCAAGAAAAGAUCGCCCGAGAAAAGGAAAGACUGAAACGAGUUUUCGAGAAAGUUUUACGAGAAAAACAAGCUCAACUUGAGCGAGAACAAUGUUUGACCAAAGAGAAAAUGCAUCUGGUCAAGGAAAUAUUGACCGCUGACAAUUCGGAUUGGGGAGUUUUCCGUGAAUAUUGGGACUCCAUGUAUCCAAACAUGAACCCAACAACCCCUAACACCGGAACUAAAACAAAUCAAAAUGGUCACAAUAACAAUAAUGGUACUGGCGGAAGUGCGGUCAGUGGCAUUGGACAUUUACGAAGACCCAGUAUGCCUGAAUCAACCACUCGAACUGCGUCUAUUGCCACACCUGAAAAGACCUCAACUCCAUCCUCGUCUAAACGAAUGAAACUUGCAUCUGAACCUGGAACUUCAAUGAUGUGCACUCCAUCCAUUAUUCCUACUUACGAAUUUGCUGCAGAAAAUAAUGAUAAUCGCCUUCGAACUAAGUCAACUCCUGGUAUGCCGGUAAUUAACCCGAGGCACAUUCGAUCUCUUUCAACUGGAAAUGAGAAAUGGAUUGAUCACCGAGACCAAAAUGAACUUGACAUGGGAACAGUUCUGAAAGCAAAGAUUAAAAACAAAAAAUCGAUCACUAAUUUAAAAGACAUGGAACCAGCUGACUUGAGACGUGCAUCCAAAUAUGCGAUUACCACUCACAUUGCCGAUGCCGAUGGAGAUAUUGAGACUCGAGUUUACAAAGGUGAAGUAAUCCCAAGCUCUGCCGGAGGAGCUCAGGUCAUUUUCAAUGACGUCGAAACAAUGAUUCAAUCAUCUCCACACAAAACCAAAUAAUAAUCAUCCUAUUUAACCACCAGAAACAAAACCACAUUGUAAAAGUUUUAAUUACAACUCAAAAUUUCCGAUUCAUACUCACAUCACAUCCAGAGAAAAUUUUAUCAAAACAACUAAUUAACUUUUAUAUAAACUCUUCUUUUUUUUGACAAGCA